AUGCCGGACGCGAGUGUGGUGUGUCGGCAGCUGAGCUGCGGCGCUGCACUGAAAGCCUAUGCUGGUAGUCGCUAUGGGGAAGGAUCCGGACCUGUUUUCACGACAAACUUUCAGUGCAGUGGGAGCGAGGCCGCUCUUCAGGAGUGUAAAUCAGAUCCAUGGGGUGACACUGGCUAUUCACACAGUCGUGACGCUGCUGUUGUUUGUAAAGAAAGUAGGAAGGUGAGACUGGAAAAAGGAGGCAGUCCAUGCACCGGAAGACUGGAAGUGAACCAUGAGGGAUACUGGAGACCUGUCUAUGCUUUGGGCUGGGAUAUGAAGGAUGCAACUGUGGUGUGCAGAGAGUUGAGCUGCGGCGCCGCGCUGAAAGCCCCAAACGAAUAUCACUUUGGAAAGGUUUUUGACAGAGUUAUAACCUAUAAUGUUAACUGCGACGGCACUGAGGCUGCACUGCGGGAAUGUGAAUCAGCAGAAUGGAAUUUCUACACCCAUCCUCGGCCUGACUAUGCCGGAGUUAUCUGCGCAGGGAAUGAUGUAGCACGGCUCGUUGAUGGGGACAACAGAUGUUCCGGCCGGGUGGAAGUUCAGCACGGGGACCAGUGGGGAACACUUUGUGAUGAGUACUUCAGCUUGGAAGAUGCUGCCGUGGUCUGUGAACAGCUACAGUGUGGUGCAGUAAAUGCAACUCCCAGAGAUGCAUACUUUGGCACAGGAAACGGGCCAAUGUGGAAGGAUGACUACAUUUGUUUAGGCAAUGAGUCCCGAUUAGCUGAUUGUCAAGUCUCAGCGUGGAGUCAGAUCAGCUGUUCGCAUGGAGAUGACGCCAGCUUGAUCUGCACCGAUGACAUUUGGUCUCUGCGGCUGACCGAAGGGGGAAGCCGCUGCGACGGCCAGGUGGAGGUUUAUGAUAACGGCAGAUGGAGCAGAAUCCAGGAUAACUUCUGGAAUAACAAUGAAGCCAACGUUGUCUGUAAGCAACUGCGUUGCGGUGUGGCCACAUCCUCCUACAUCGCCUCGGGGCACAGAGGGAAAGAAGGGCCCGUCUGGGUGACCGACCUUCAGUGUGAAGGAAGCGAAUCGCAUCUCCAAAAUUGCAGGAGAUCCAUAUUGAAUCGGACUUCCUCCGACAUCAUUGGCGUCGGCGUCCUGUGUUCAGGCCACUUGCAGUUACGUCUCUCCGGAAGUGAAGAUUCAUGUGCUGGUCAGCUAGAGGUUUAUUACCGUGGAUCUUGGGGCCUGGUUUGUGAUGACUCCUGGGAUCUGGUUGACGCUAACGUGGUCUGCAGACAACUGGGUUGUGGACAUUCUUUGGAGGAUAAAACUCACGAUUACUGCGGAAGACGCUCUCUCCCAGUUUUGUUAGAUGAAGUGAGAUGCUCGGGUAACGAAACAUUUCUCUGGGAAUGUCCAUCAGCACCAUGGGGCGAACAUGACUGCAGUCAAAAAGAAGCUCUGACAUUAACAUGCUCUGAGCACAAAAAGCUGCGCCUACAGGACCAGGACGGAGGAAGUCGAUGCAGAGGAAGAAUUGAAGUGUGGUACAACGGGACGUGGGGAACAGUGUGCUCCACGGAUCUUGAUGCCAAAUCUGGAGAAGUGAUUUGCAAACAAAUGAAAUGUGGACCAAUAAAAUAUAUUUAUCCUGGCUCAUAUCAAUUUGGAAAAGGACUUGGACCUAUAUGGUUGGAUGAGAUUGAAUGUACAGCACACGAAUCGACCCUUUGGCAGUGUGAGUCACAACCGUGGGGAAAACACCAGUGUGACCAUUCGCAUGACGGAGGAGUUGUAUGUGAGGAUGUUCCAUUGCAACUUGUUGGCGGCAGUCACAGCUGCUCCGGAAGGCUUGAGGUACAAGUUAAUAAAAGUUGGGGCACGGUGUGUGACGACUCUUGGGAUCUGGCCGAUGCCAAUGUAGUCUGCAGACAACUAGGAUGUGGCCUUGCUCUCUGGCCUCCCGAAGAUGUUAACAUGACCCAGGGAGCCGCUGAUGUCUGGCUUGAUGAAGUAAAAUGCACCGGAAGUGAAUCGUUUCUGUCCAGCUGUCGUUCCUCACCAUUUGGUCAACACGACUGUGAUCACAAAGAAGAUGUCAUCGUUCUUUGUUCUGGUUCCAGAGUGUCUCCUACUGAACGCGACAAUUCAGCUUUAGGAAACUGGACCCCAUCUAUCAUGGUUACUGUCUGCAUAACUCUUGGAAUUAUAUUCAUCAUUGAGUUUUUAAUACUGUUCACGAUAACGUGGAGACGAUCAGCAAUCAGUGGUACACUAAUGAGUGGCCAAGGAUUACCUGUUGACUUUUACCAAGCAAUUUAUGAGGAAAUUGAAAAUAUUCCACCAUUCAAGAAUUUUUCUGAGAUGCAAGAUUCAGUUACUGGAUCCACUCAUUCCGUCAAUGAAGUCGAAUAUUACACCAACGACUAUAUAUAUAGUACAUGUCAUGCUCCACAAGACCCUGAAGAGCCCAAGUCCUAGAUUCGCUUGCAUCUGGCUUUCCGUGUUUUCUCUUCGACUGACAGUAACGAUGAAAUGAGCGACAACAGUUCAGGAAUUCCAAGUCACUUGCUGCUCGAAUGGUCAACGGUUAAUUCCCAUCCUUCACAUCAGCCCGAUGAAGACCGAAAAACAAACUGUG